GUCUGGAAUCUUCUAGACAGUUCCUGAAACUGCUUAGAUUUUGAUUUCCAGAAAGGACCUAACCGAGUUUUGUGUGUGUUUGUGUGUCUAUUUAUACAAAUUCCUUGUACUAUUUCCGAAAUUUUCAAAUUUCUAGUAAUUGCUUCCAGAUAGAAAUAGAGAGCGACUCUGUUUAGGGUUAUUUUGUUUUUUUUUUUGUGGGUUGAUUGAAAUGGCGAAAGAAGGACCAAAUUGGGAUGGAUUACUAAAGUGGAGCCUGGCUCACUCUGAUGGUACUAGUUCCAAUCGUAAUUUGAGUGAUGAGGAUCGAAGAUGGUUCAUGGAAGCUAUGCAAGCUCAAACAAUGGAUGUUAUUAAGCGAAUGAAAGAGAUAACCCUUGUUAUGCAAACUCCAGAGCAAGUUUUGGAAUCUCAAGGAGUUACUCCUGCAGAAAUUGAAGAUAUGUUAGAUGAGCUGCAAGAUCAUGUUGGUUCUAUCGAUAUGGCUAAUGAUCUUCACUCAAUUGGUGGUUUGGUCCCUCUCCUUGGGUACCUGAAAAACACCCAUGCUAACAUUCGAGCAAAGGCUGCAGAGGUUGUGACUACAAUUGUUCAGAACAAUCCCACUAGUCAACAACUAGUCAUGGAAGCUAAUGGCAUGGAGCCUCUCCUCUCCAAUUUCACUUCUGAUCCAGAUGUUGCUGCCCGAACCAAAGCACUUGGUGCAAUAUCCUGUUUGAUCAUGCACAACAAGCCUGGAAUUGCAGCAUUUCGUCUUGCAAAUGGUUAUGCAGCUCUGAGAGAUGCUCUAAGUUCUGAGAGUGUUAGAUUCCAAAGGAAAGCCCUUAACUUGGUCCAUUAUUUACUGAACGAGAACCGUUCAGACUGCAAUGUAGUAUCCGAGCUUGGGUUCCCUCGCAUUAUGAUGCACCUGGCCUCCAGUGAAGAUCCAGAGGUACGAGAAGCUGCACUCCGGGGUCUGCUUGAGCUCGCCCGAGAUAGAAAAGAAGGAAAUGACAGUAGCUUGAGUGAAGAAGAUGACAAACUGAAGCAAAUUCUCCAAGAAAGAAUUAAGGGUAUCAGCUUGAUGUCAUCUGAAGACCUUGGGGCUGCUAAAGAAGAAAGGCAGCUUGUGGAGUCCCUUUGGAAUGCCUACUACAAUGAGCCAUCUUCUCUUCGAGAGAAGGGGCUUGUUGUCCUCCCAGGUGACGAUGCACUCCCACCUGAUGUUGCCAGCGAACAUUUUGAGCCGGCUCUUAGAGCUUGGGCUGCAAACCGAGAAGCUGAGAAAAAAGCAGAUAAUGAAAGGAAAGAAGCUCCUUUGUUACUAGGAUUUGGUCCGUCAGCUGUGAAUACUACUGUUCAGAGUGGCUCUGAUGCAGAUACUGCAAGUGGACAGAAUAAUGCUUCUACAUAAAUCGAUUGUAUUAUACGUGGUUUUCAUGAUUUUGCUAGAGUUGGCUUGAAAAGUUUUGUUGUUACAUUUGUGUUUCUGAUAUUAAGCAUUUUUGCAGUAGUUUUGCUUAGGCUUGUUAUCUGUUGGAUUUCAGAAUGGAGCUGUCUGAAAUUUAUCGCGUCUCAGGAAACAACAAAUGGCUAUUUUAUUUUUCAAUGUUAAUUUUUGUUGUUGAUGGUUAGGAAAGAAUUUCUUUGAAUGCAUUACCAAGGGUGGCU